GCUUUGGGUGAGGCUUCAGAAUGGGAGACAAGCCUAUCUGGGAGCAGAUUGGGUCCAGCUUCGUACAACAUUACUACCAGCUUUUUGAUGCAGACAGGACUCAGUUAGGAGCAAUAUAUAUUGAUGCAUCAUGCCUUACGUGGGAAGGACAGCAGUUCCAGGGCAAAGCAGCUAUUGUUGAAAAACUCUCUAGCCUCCCUUUCCAAAAAAUACAACACAGCAUCACAGCACAAGACCACCAACCUACACCUGACAGCUGUAUACUCAGUAUGGUAGUGGGACAGCUUAAGGCUGAUGAAGAUCCUAUCAUGGGAUUCCACCAGAUAUUUCUAUUAAAGAACAUCAACGAUGCCUGGGUUUGCACCAACGACAUGUUCAGGCUAGCAUUGCACAACUUUGGCUGAGCUGGCAAUCCCGAGGCACCCGUGCUUUUCUUUUUUGUUUGUUUGUUUUUUUUUCUUUUUAUUUUUUUUCCUCUCUUACUAGUAUUAUUCACACUCACGGAACAUUCCAAAUAUCAUACACAAACCUGCAGCACUGCGGAGCGCGAGCGAGCAAGACCUGUGACCUUCUGCUGAGUUUACAUUGUCACUAGAUGAGUUUCUUGUGCAUGAUGUUUGGAAGUUUAGACUUAGCUGCGUUUGACAAGAGAAAUUUGUGUUGUACCAGCAUGCCUCGGAAAGAAUCUCUAAUGCAAAAAGGUUGUUGUUUCUGUACUGACCAGAUGCUCUAUAACCCAAAGAAAGGAAAGAACAGCAGCCUGUACAGCCCAGAUAUUGAUUUGUUCAGAUGUUUCGAUGCUACGUUACACAAUAAAACCAUAAGAUUUUCUUAACAGUU